AUGUUUUAUUUCUGCCUAGUAACCGUACUGUUCCUUGCUCAGCAAAUUGGGAAAAGCGAAGCGGCAGAAAGUUGUUUCUGUGCUCCUAUGGACAGUAAGAACAUUACUAAAGAGUCGGAACCACUGAUAAAACAUCCAUUGAAAGUUCUGAAAGAUUGCGGUAAAGAAGCCGAACAAGUUUGCCUUCAGUUGUGUAAAUCCUUGGCAACAUUAGCGCAAUAUGAUCCAAAUGCAGGAAAGAGUUUCUGUGCACAACUUAACAAAAAUAUUACUAAUAUACAUAUUUCUAUAUUCAGUAAAGUAUGUGAUGGUGAGUAUCUAUACACUGGAUUAACGUUCAAUAAACCACUUUGUUGUACAAACAAAAAGUCAGUUCCAUGCUAA